UCUUUGAGUAAAGGUAAGUUCACAAAAAAAGUUACACCUCUUAGUACACUCUAUAUUAUCUUCCUUAGUCCGCUCCCUCAUCACAUUAUCAUUUGUAAAAAAAAAAAAAGAGAAAAAAAAAAGUAUUAACCUUAAAAAAAGAAAGUAUUGAUCUUUUAGUCUCAUUUCACAUUAAGUAUAAUUUAGCCACUACCUCCUCUUAACACUUACCCGGUCUUCCUCCUCACGCGGACACUCCGAGUCUUCUCUAUUUCCUUGCCCAUAUUUCAUGCUUUCCCGUCCCAAUGUGUGAUUAGCAAAGAAUAAUUACGAUUAACGAUUAAAAUCCACUGCCAAACAACUCCCUAAUUUUUCGCCGAAUUUUCAACAAAUGUCAUGUUUUUAGGGUUCAUUCACUAAUCCCACUCCCAAAUUCCUUUGGAAAAAUCAUUAAUGCGCCCCUAUAUAAUCCCCUUCUUUGUCUUCCCAAUUUCACCACCAAUCUAUUUACAAACCCACCUUCGUGAAUCCAUCAGAAAACGACAUGUCGACCGAGGAGAAGACGAUUGAAGACCCUGCAUCCUCCGCCUCUGCCACUGAGGAAAAUAAGAAUGAAGCCUCCGCCUCCGAGGCGCCGUCUACGACGGAAAACGACGGCGGGGAAAAGAAGAAGAUCUCCCUCAAGACCUCCGACGGCGAGGUCUUCGAGAUCGACGGGGAUAUCGCGAUGCAGUUCGAGACCGUCAAGUCGUUCUUCCAGGACGAGGGCGUCGGCGACAUGGUGAUGCCGGUGCCGAACGUGCACAGCGCGGAGCUCGUGAAGAUCAUCGAUUUCUGCACCAAAACCCAACAUCUGCAUCGGAAAGUGGAGCAAGAUGAGGCGUGGAGGAAGGAGCUGAGGAAAAUCAGCACCGAUUUCGUCAGGGAGUUAACAACCGACAGCGUGAUGGAGCUGAUCCUGGCCGCCGACUUCUUGCACGUCGAUCUAUUGCUGGAAGUGCUGAACCAGACCGUGGCGGAUCGGAUCAAGAACAAGAGCGUCGAGUACGUGAGGAAGUUGUUCGGCGUCGAGAGCGAUUACACGCCCGAGGAAGAACAGAAGCUUCGCGAGGAGUAUGCUUGGGCUUUUGAAGGAGUCGAUGAAGACUGAAUAUAUAAUUUGAAGGAAAGUCACCGUUUUUAAUUUUGGUUCUUGAAUUUCGGGUUAGGGUUAAUUUUGUGAAAAUAAAAAGAGAUGUCUAAAUAUCACCGUCCAAAAUAAAGACGAGAAGACUAGCAGUGGAUGAAUAGUAGAGUUUUAAUUUUAUUAUUGAUGAUGGUGUGGAUUAGUGCUAAUUAUUAAUUGAAAUCUUGUUGAUUGGCUAA